UCGCUAGCGUGCAGCGUGCUAGUCGGUCGGUAUCACUCAACGGGGCAGGUCACAUCGAGACGCGCGCCUCCACACAUCGCGACGCGCUCACAAAUAAAUCUGUUUCCGAUUAAAGUUACAAUCCUGAAUUGAAUAUGACGAACACGAACGAUUAAGUGAAUUAAGACUUUAAGUGGUGUUUAAUUUAAGAACUGUAUCAAUGGAUAUUUUGUAGUGUAAUAAGAUGUGACAGAGGGGACGCGAAAUAAGUGAGAUGUUGACUGCCGUGGUCAAUAUCUAAUCGUGCAGUGGACUAAGAAACUGGAUACUAUUGAAAAGAUGACGAUGAAAUCGCUGAAGUACAGCGAAAGGGACGAGAUGAUGGAGGGCUUCAGCCCUGUUCCGCCGCCUCUGCCGCGGCGACAGCCUGUCAGAAAUAUCUACGCUGAGCCCUUCGUAGACCCGAGGUACACGUCAUCGGGCGUGACUAACGAAUGGCUCGCCCUACAGACCCUAAAUUCCGAGUCACUGGCAAACGCUGGCAUGGCAGGCGGGAUGAGUGGCACGCUGGGCAGCGGGCAUUGCCAACUUGCUAACCAACCGCUGGUGAUGCCCGUGUUCCCACUGCGAGCGACGCAACCCAGCCCCGUGCCCGUCUACUCCCCCUCGCGCUUCCACAUCGACAAGCGCUGCCAACACCGGUGCACAUGGAAGUGUCUUGCUAUCGCCAUGAUCUGCCUCUGUGUUAUCCUAGCGGCGAUGCUAGCUUACUUUAUAGCAUUAUCGUCAAUUAAAAGUAAUAUAGACAAUUCUAAUUGUAUCCUGGUACAGGACGUAAAAGCAGUAACGCACGCACAAGGAAUUAGAGAUUCACUAUCUACGUCUUCACCUUCGGAUGAAUCAAUAUCAACGUCCUCACUUGGCGGAUGGUCCACAACAGCAGAGGCGUCAAUAGAGUCUGCAAUUAUACCUCAGCAGGCACAACAAGCUGCACCACCACCUUGGUCGCCGGCUUUGGAAGUUAGAGAAUUUGAUGAAUUACACAGCGCUACAAUACCCGCCUACCAGUUUUGGAGUUCUGAAUUCCAUAACAAACAGCCAGCCUACGUAAGCCUCAACUUCACAGUACCUUGGGGAGCCAAUUUUGCCGUUUAUGGAAGAAGAAAUGUAGCCCCCAGCGUGACUCAAUAUGAUUUUGCUGAAUUCAUACGUGGCGGCAGAGUCGACCACAGGCUGCGCAAAAGAAGUACGCACCGAAUUAACACUUUCGAUCAUAGCCUCGACAACUGGGACGCUUUACUAGGAACCAUAAGCCCUUUUCAUAGGUGGAACCAUACGAUAAGCAAAAGAUCGACCGACAUGAGGGUUAAUGUUAGCAUUCUGCAGUAUCUCGACACGGGAAGAUGGUUUAUCUCAAUAUACAACGAUGAACUUCAAUCCCACAGCGUUGAAAUGAUUGUAUCGGAAGCUGAAGGGGUCACUAAUUCUUGUCCCGACGAUUGCUCUGGACAUGGGUCUUGUUAUCUUGGUAAAUGUGACUGCAUGGAUGGAUUUGAAGGUCACGACUGCUCCAAAAGCGUAUGUCCAGUAUUAUGUUCUGGGCACGGAGCUUAUGCGGGGGGUAUAUGUCAUUGUUCUGAGGGCUGGAAGGGAGCCGAAUGCGACGUGCCUGCGCACGACUGCGAGCCCGCCGAUUGUUCCGGUCGUGGACAAUGCAUUGCUGGUCAUUGCCAUUGUAAACCGGGGUGGAAGGGUCCAAAGUGCGAUGAAGAGGAUUGUUUGGACCCGAGCUGCGGUGGUCACGGGUCAUGCGUGCGUGGGCGUUGUGUAUGCCGCGCCGGCUGGCGAGGUGCCGCAUGCAGCGAACGUGAUGCGCGUGUGCAGCGUUGUCUACCUGCAUGCUCGCAGCGUGGCGUGUACGAUCUCGAUGCUGGCAGAUGCGUCUGUGAUCCUUUAUAUACUGGCGAUGAUUGUUCUCAAGUGGUUUGUUCCUUGGAUUGUGGACCUCACGGCGUGUGCGCGGAGGGCGUGUGUCGCUGUGACGAAGGCUGGACGGGGUCACUAUGCGACCAGCGACCGUGCGACCUCCGCUGUCAUGAGCACGGACAGUGUAAAAACGGAACAUGCGUUUGCACGCAGGGUUGGAACGGAAAACAUUGCACGCUACCUGGUUGCCCGAAUGGUUGUUCUCGUCACGGGCAGUGCCUGCUAGAAGACGGCGUGUAUCAUUGCUCAUGCGCCGACGGUUGGGCUGGCACAGACUGCUCCAUCGCACUAGAGCUCUCCUGCAACGAUAACGAAGACAACGACGAAGAUGGCAUGACGGACUGCUCGGACUCGGAGUGUUGCAGCCGGCCGGAGUGCGCGGAGCACAUAAUGUGCCUCGCCUCCAACGACCCCGUAGAAGUGCUGCUCCGCAAGCAGCCGCCUUCUGUCACCGCAUCAUUUUACCAGCGCGUUAAGUUCCUUAUCGAAGAGAACUCAGUUCAGAGUUAUGCACACAUGGAUGAAUAUUCUGAGAGCCGUGUGUCGGUGAUGCGCGGCCAGGUCGUCUCGCCGCAAGGAUUGGGAAUCAUCGGAAUACGGGUGUCCGUGGAUCGGGAAGCUCGCUUCGGCUUCACUCUUACUAGACAGGGUGGAUGGUUCGAUGUCUUGGUGAACGGCGGCGGAGCUGUGACGUUACAGUUCCAGCGCUCACCCUUCAAGCCUCUACGCAAGACCGUCUUCGUGCCGUGGAAUCAGAUAGUUGUGUUGCCUCCAGUGCAGAUGGAACUCAGCGAUGAUAGCGUCAAAGUACCGACACCUAGAGCUCCACCGAGACUGGACUGGUCGCCGAUGCCCCAGUGGUGGGAGGCGGAGAGACCGCCGUGCGCCGCGCACGACCACGAAAGGUUGCGGCCCGAGGUGGUGGCGAUGCCGCCGUUAGCCUCACCCGCUGCAUCCUCUGCCACUACAACUACAGUUGUAUAUCCUGAAGCACAGAUCGUGAGUGAGUCUAUUGGCAUCCCGGGCUCGUUGGUACAGUUGACGUACCGUUCGUCGCAGGCGGCGGGCUAUCUAUCGUGCGUGCAUGUGCAGCUCACUCGGCGCGUGGUACCGGCGUCGCUCGCUCGCGUCCACGUGCGCGUCGAGAUAGAAGGAUCGUUGCACACACAUACAUAUGAAGCAGACCCUGAUCUAACACAUGUCUUCGCAUGGAACAAACGUAACGUCUAUAAACAAAAGGUGUACGGGCAAGCGCAUGCGAAGAUCUCAAUUGGUUACGAGUACUCGUCUUGUUCAUCAAUCGUGUGGGAGACGCAGACGGCGACGUUGGCCGGCUUCGACGUCGACAUCUCAGACAUCGGCGGCUGGGGACUUGACAUCCAUCAUCAUUACAACUUCCAUGAAGGCAUUCUACAGAAAGGCGACGGUGCUUUACUGCAUUUGAAACGCUACCCGCGGACUGUACAGGUUGUAAUGGGUACCGGUCUACAACGAGCCCUAGAAUGUCCCGAUCACUGCAAUGGCAAAGCUGCAGAUUCUCGCUUACUUACACCUACAGCGCUAACGUCAGGGCCCGAUGGAUCCCUUUAUGUUGGGGACUUCAAUUUAGUACGACGCAUCACACCAGAGGGCGUUGUUACCACAGUUCUGCAAUUAGAAACUACACAGGUUGCGUACCAGUACUAUAUUUGUAUAUCACCAGCAGACGGAUAUCUGUACAUAUCUGAUUCCGAAAGACAUCAAGUACGAAGAGUAUUGCUUCUAGAAAAGGUUAGAGAUCCUUCAAUGAAUUCAGAAGCGGUUGUUGGCAAUGGUGACCGUUGUGUGCCGGGUGAUGAUACUAACUGCGGUGACGAAGGCCCUGCAAUCAAAGCCAAGUUGGCGCAUCCUAAAGGUCUUGCAAUUGCAGCAGACAGAACGAUGUACAUCGCUGAUGGAACAAAUAUCCGCGCAGUUGAUCCAAAUGGAAUAAUUCACACCUUAGUAGGUCAUCAUGGGCAUCACAACCACUGGUCACCGGUUCCCUGUCGCGGAGCUAUUCCUCCAUACGAAGCUCAGUUGCAGUGGCCGACCGGUGUAGCUCUAUCUCCCUUAGACGGCUCCUUGUAUUUUAUAGACGAUCGAAUUAUUCUAAAACUUACCGUAGACAUGAAGAUUAAAGUAGUAGCGGGUCAACCUUCUCAUUGUCGAUUAGGAAGCGAUGGCAAACCAAUUAGCAAAGUAACUAAUAAAACGAAUACUGAAUUUAGAGAAGAUUCUAGUCUUGGAACGAUACUAGCCAUUGGAUUCGCUCCGAAUGGAAUAUUAUACGUAGCAGAAUCCGAUUCGAAAAAAACGAAUACAAUCAAAUCGAUUGAUCCAUCUGGUAAAAUUAUGCACUUUGCCGGGAAAUUGCAAGAAAAUAUGAAAGAAUUAAGUUGUGAAUGCAAUACUUCACUAUCAGCAACAGUUAUUCCAAUGAACCCCCGAGACGAGGGAGCAGGUUGCCCUUGCAAGCUCAGUGUAGUUGCUGGCGACGAACCGCCAACGAGUACUGAAACUUUACUAUCGUCUAAUGCCAAAUUUCAAACUAUUUCUGCACUUGCUGUUACCCCAGAUGGCGUACUGAAUGUUGUAGAUCAAGGAUCGCUACACAUAUUGGCAUUAAAACACUAUUUACCGUCACAUGAUGAAAAUGGAGAAUUCCGAAUCCCCUAUCCUCCUACGUCAGAAAUUUACGUCUUCAAUCGCUACGGUCAACACAUAACCACGAAAGAUUUGACGUCUGGUAAAACCAGAUACUCAUUUUUGUAUUCCAAAAACACUAGCUUUGGGAAACUAUCUACUGUGACUGACGCUUCUGGUAACAAAAUACAGCUACUCAGAGAUUAUAGUAACAUUGUAAGCUCGAUAGAAAACACUCAGGAUCAUAAACUGGAAUUGAAAAUAUCUGGCAUUGGGUAUUUAACAAAAAUAACAGAGAAAGGUACAUCUGAAAUUGAAUUAGACUAUGACGCUAAUACGGGCUUGCUCAACAGCAGAUCAGGGGCUGGUGAUACUGUUAUCUACAACUACGACGAAUUGGGCCGUGUCACAAAAAUAAUAAUGCCAUCCGGAGAACAAGUUCACAUAUCGUCUGGUCUAGCUAAAAAUUAUGGCCUAGCGGUGACUGUUUCUAAUCCAUCAAGCACGAUACCCGUAGGAGUAGCAAAGAAAUGUGAAUAUGUUCUACGUGGCCAGUCUUUCAAACAAAUCACCAUCAAUAAUGGUAAACAAGUAACAGAAGGCAGAAUUUACACAAAUAACACUUUGAUUAUUGAAACACCAUGGUCUGGUAAAUUUGAAAGUAUCGCCGCAGCUAAACAUCCUCUGCUCGAAGCUGCUCUACCCAUUGAAGCCGAGAUGCUUCAUAUGUGGUCACACCAAAGUACUACAUUCGGAGAUGGAUUAGUAAACAAUAUGUACUCCUUGUAUUCAUUAGUGGGAGAUGUCAGAAAUCCACAACAGACACUUAAUCGUGAAAUAUGGGUCAAUGAUUCACGCGUGCUUAUAAUCGAGUUCGAUCAAUUCAAAAGUCGCGAGACGUUCUUUAAUGCUGAUAGAAACCCGCUAUUUACGAUUGCUUAUGACGUGGCUGGGUUGCCGCUGUCUUUCACACCGCAUGGAGCAGGUGUACCGUUAAAUAUUUCAUACGAUCGUUUCUACAGAAUCAAUGGUUGGAAGUGGGGUGUAACAGAGGAAACAUAUAAUUAUGAUCCCCAUGGCAUGUUGUCAGAAAUAACAAGCACACAAGACGGCACUAAAUUUAUAUACUAUAACGACGCAAACCUCGUGUCGAAAAUUACUUUAGCAAGCCAAAGAAAUUUUAAAUAUUCCUACGAUAAGAGUGGUGGGUUGACACACGUUAUUCUACCGUCGGGAACGAAUCAUUCGUUUAGCGUGCAACCAUCUAUAGGAUUCCUAAGAGUAACUUAUUCGCCUCCGGGUUCAUCCAAGAAAUAUUUACAACACUACUCCCAUACAGGCGAGUUAUUACAAACAGUAUUUCCAGGAGAUGGCGCUCGUGUUAUCUAUAGAUACUUUACAACUAAUAAGGUAUCAGAAGUUGUUCACGGUGACGGGCAAACACAAAUACAUUACGCUGAAAACAGUGGACUACCUUCUGAAAUACUACACGUUGACAGAGAUGUGGACUAUAGAUGGGAAUCUACUUACGCUGGUGGACUUUUAAUGGAAGAGAGAUUAGAUUAUGGAGCUAAAACUGGACUUAGUAAUGCGAAAAUUAUUUACGAUUACGAUAAUAAUUACAGAAUAAUAUCUGUACAAGGUCGUAUUGGCGGACAGACUCUCAUACCCUACCACAUUGUUUACAAUAGCAAAACGGGUGCACCAGAAAUAUUAGGUCAAUUCACAGUAUCAAAACAGAAGUGGAACGAGACAUCGGUUUAUGAUGGAAUCGCCAUGUUUUCACGCGUAUUGAAUGAACAAUUCUUAGAAAAAGAAGUUACAGUAAACAUUCAUCGUAUGGAAGUGUUCCGCAUGGAAUUCUCCUACGAUAAACAUGGAAGAAUUUCUCAAACUAGAACUCAUACAAGAAAUGUCGGCGUUAAUACUUACACAAAUGUUAAGAAUUAUACUUGGGAUUGUGAUGGCCAGUUGACCGGGCUAGAGGCUCAAGAACCCUGGGGAUUCAGAUAUGAUGACAAUGGAAAUAUGCUAUCUUUGACAUAUAGAGGUAACACUAUUCCUAUGGAGUACAAUGACAUGGAUCGAAUAAUUAAAUUUGGUGAGGGACAAUACCGCUAUGACAGUCGAGGCUUGGUUUCGCAAAACGCCAGAGAGGAACGCUUCCAGUAUAAUUCCAAGGGGUUACUGAUUAGAGCAACUAAGCGAGGAAGAUUUGAUGUUAAAUAUUAUUACGAUCAUCUAGAUAGAUUAUCGACAAGAAAAGACAACUUUGGGAACGUGACUCAGUUCUUCUACACCAAUAAAGAAAAACCUCAUGAAGUUAGUCAUAUUUAUUCGCCACGAGAAAACAGAUUUAUGACCCUUGUUUAUGACGACAGAGGGCAUCUGAUAUACACUCAGGUGGCUCGACACAAAUACUACAUAGCAACUGACCAAUGCGGUACCCCAGUAAUGGUAUUCAACCAAUAUGGGGAAGGCAUUCGAGAGAUUAUGAGAUCUCCUUAUGGCCAUAUUGUGUAUGAUUCUAACCCAUACUUGUACUUGCCCGUUGACUUCUGUGGAGGACUAUUGGACCAAGUGACAUCUUUGGUACAUAUGGCAAAUGGAAAAGUGUACGAUCCUUUAAUUGGUCAAUGGAUGUCACCUCUCUGGGAGAAUCUUAUCGAAAGAAUACAUAAUCCAACGCAAUUGCAUCUGUACAGAUUUAAUGGCAACGAUCCAAUAAAUGUUCGUCCCCAAACCAAGAAACCAAUCGAUUAUAUGUCGUGGCUUGAGUUACUCGGUUACGAUACGAAGAGCCUGGCACCGCAACUUUAUCCAGAUGAACUUCCAGGAGGAUCUGUUAUGCCCAGUAUUCCAAGAGGACGUCCUAUAUGGGGCGCCGCACCAGUGGACAGUAACCCCGGUUUACCGUCGGCUAUGUCGCUACUUCCGAGUGUCUCUAUUGAAUCCGGUUUCUUAUCUCACAUGUCCAACAAGAGAAUAGCUGACUUUAGAAGCCUGUCCAUCCCAGCCAUGUCUGCACUCAAAACGGAUGCUCUCAAAUUGGCACCAAAAAGAAUCGGCUCCGACUCCGAGGCACCAUUCGGACGUGGAAUUCUAGUAUCUCGAAAUUCAAGAGGCCGCGCCGUCGUCACUACUGUGCCCUCGGCCAAUGCCAUCUAUCGCGACGUGUACACUUCAGUUUUUAACAGAUCACAUCUCCUGCCUUUCUCGUUCGUUGUCCACGGAGACCAGCAGGACGUGUUCUACUUCGUCAAAGAGGACACUUGGCGCGCUGCCGACGACAAGCAGCAACUGAAACGCAUGCAGGGCAAAUUAAAUGUUACCUUCCAUGAAGUAACUGAAGGAGGAAGAUCCUACGCUGAUGUAAAAAUUCAUGGGCAUACGAGUAUCGUGAAUCUGCGAUAUGGUACGAGCGCGGAAAGAGAGAGACAGCGGCUGCUGCACCACGCGCACGCAACUGCAAUCAGAAAAGCAUGGCACCGCGAGCGCGAGGCGCUGCGCAGCGGGCUGGGUGGCUCGCUUGACUGGUCGGCCGCGGAGCUGGACGAGAUCCAGAAGGCGGGCUCGGCGGCGGGCUACGAGGGCGAGUACGUGCACGACGUGGCGCGCUACCCCGAACUAGCCGAGGACCCAUACAACAUCCGCUUCGUGAAGAAGCGCAGCGACCGCGCGGAGCGACGCCGACGGAAGCGUGAGGACUGCCGCGCGCCCUGGUGGCUCUCCCGGGACGACCUCUGCUAGUGACAUGCCGCCAUCCAUAUGCCAAAUCGUGUGAAUGUAAUUAAUUGUCGUGAUUGAUAGAUGAAGAAUGCUUGAGUGCGUGAUAGUAAGAUAUAUUUUGUAAAUAGUCUCUAUUAAUUGUUAAUUGUUGAUGUAUGUAUGUACGGUAGACGCGAAUCCCUAUCGCUAUGUAAAUAUUAAAUUUUAAUUUGCAGGGAGAGAAAGGACCUUUUGAGAGGACUGAUAUAAAAAUAAAUGUAAUGUAUGUAUAAAUAAGACGAUUUAUGUGAAUAUGAAAUUAUUUAUACUUAUUUAUCGGUAAAAAGCUUCGAUUGUGUCCAAUGUUCUUAUAAAAUUUAGAUGAAGACUAUUUGAAAGAAUAAUAAAAAAGCAUACUUUUUUAA